UUGCAUUCGAGUAUUUCAGCCGGUUAGAAGCUAAACCGUGCUCGUUCAUUACGGGAGUUAGCGUGUGUUGAAGGGGUUUGUUUUGUUUAAGCAACAUGCAGCAAGUUUUGUGGAAAAAACAUUUUGACGAGCUGUAUGGUGCAGUGAAAGAUAUUUUGCAUCAUCAUUCGUACGAGGAUUGUACGAUCGUGUGCGAGGGUGAAUUGUUUCGGGCGCACCGAUUUUUACUAGCCAGUGUUAGUCCAUAUUUUCAUAAAAUUUUAUCUCAAAAUGAUACAAACACAACAGUGGUUCUGAAAGAUGUAUCACCCCACGUUAUGCGCAUCAUCAUGCAGUUUCUGUACUACGGCGAGGCAACGAUCUUUAAUGGCGAUCUGGAGAAUGUGGUAGCAGCGGCGGAACACCUGGAUAUGAUCCCGGUGGUCGCCAUGUUGCGAAAUCACGGCAAAGAUCAAACACACAAUCGGUCUGCCGGUAGCUAUCUAAGUUAUGAUGCGAACACGAUCGAACACGCAGCAACUCCACCGAGGAUAAGUGUACGAUCGCAGUAUAUGGCCCCAAGAAACCGGAAGCGCAUCGCACCAGACUCGGACGAUGAUCAGUUAACGGAUGGACAAGGUCUUAGUCCUGUGGAGCUAACGAUAAACACGAACCGGGACAAGGACCAAAGUACGGUACAGCCAGCGUCACCCCAUCGGUCACAGCACAUCGGAGUGACCGAGCAGCUCUCUCCAGUGAUACAGGAACCGACACCGGUGCGAGAACCGGCACUUACUCCAUCAGUUCAAGAAGCAACCAUGUCACCACGCACCGUAUCGCAACCAUCAUCGAUUGACGAGGGUGACAAGCUGUGGACAUAUUACGACAGCGUGGGUAUGAAGCUGCUAACCAACGCGGUCCAAUCGACACCAAUCGAGGUGGACAAACGGAAGCAAAACCCUGGCAGAAAUGUUACUCUCGGUGGAAAAACCGCACCAGCUGUAUAUGACCUUGUCUCACGUACAAGCCUGACAGAUCACGAAACACCACACCUCGCUACAAUGACGCCGGGGGAAAAGUGGUUCCAGGGCCGGUUGGAGUUUAUGCUAAGCCAGCGUGGCAAACCGCUGCUCGUACACGACGGUCACUCGUUCGGCAUACAGUACAUCCGCAAGGACAAGAAGUACUGGCAGUGCAAUCUGUCACGGAAGUACAACUGUAAGGCACGGGUAACAACCACCGACACCGGCGACAUUAUCGUGACGAACAAUGAGCACUGUCACACGGAGAUCCGCCAGCAUCUGCGUAAAGACUACAAGACGAUGAAGCUGGCAGCCUCGCUUGCAGCUAACCGUGGCCUAUCCGCAUUGCCACUAUUUUCGUCCAAAUCCCUAGCGCUACCACAUCUGGCCAACGCUUUCAUGCAGUCCGGAGGGGCAGAUGCGACAAACCUUUGCCACACGAGCCCCAAUGCAAGCCAUCAGAGUGAACCGACACAAGAGUCGGGCAGCCUCAACCUCACCAUCAACCAGUUGAUCAAACGGGAGACGGGCAACUACAGUGAAUGACACCAACCGUGCAAUAGGCAGCUGUUAUCAAUCUCGAUAAGCAACCGGGGUGGGCCCGAGAUCUAUUCAAACCGGGAACUUCGAUACUCGGCGUCGAUGGCAGUGACGGAUAAGCCUGAAUGGCAAUUGGUACAAUGGCGGAUAAGCCGAUCCUGUGGCUACAUACGACAAAAAAUAGGCUAUAGUUUUGGUAGCUGCAUCAAUUAUUGACAGUCGUAGUGUACAGUAAACUGGCAUCUACAUUCUCAACUAACAGUCCAUAAAGGUACAGGCGCGCUGUCCGACAACUCCACUAGGUGUAAUAACCGAGGUACGCAUGGAAACAGAUUGGUUAGUAGACAGGAUCUCCAUUGAUUGAUCUGUAAAGUGCGUUAAAAAUUUCUGGAUCAGAACUCAAGUAACUUCAGCUAUUCUGCUCACUCUUAGGAAGGAUUUGAAUUUAAGGACCACGGGUGAAAAUUGAAGAGCUAAAUAUGGAUUACAAUUUACUGACUUCAACUUACACCUGCUGUAAGUAUAGGAAAAACUGAAAAAAAACAGACUGUUACCACUACCUGAGGUACACGCUCAAUACUCAUUAACCUGAUUUGAUACUGGUGUUGGUUUUGUAGUGUGUUAAUUUCCUUCUCGCUACUGGUACAUGCUGGAAGGCAUGGCGAGACAAUAUUGAAUUGCUGAAUAAUGUUAUCUACGGGUUGAUUUAUCGAAAUGCUAUCGAUAAAUGACCCCUCUAGAGGACAGCUUCUAUUGCCUUUCCACAAUCUUUUAGGGGAAUCGAAAGGUGAUAACUCUUUUUUUAUCACAUCAUUAGUCGAGGUUCAAUCACAAUUUUCAAUCGUUACGUCCCUUGUAAAGUUUUUUUUUAUGCUGAGAUUAUAUGCUUCACGAUAAUAUCAAAAUUUCUCACUGUUUCAAAACAGUUCGUCUGUUUCUUCAGGUCAAUUGAAAUCUUGGGGAAAAUGCUACUAUUUACUGAUCAGUAAGUGACAUUAUUAAACCUCAAUGUUGUACAUAUUGAUGUUUUGUUAAUCCAUGAAAAAACUAAACUAAGUGAAAAUUAUUGGCUGGCAUUACGCAUUACUUUCCGUUUUUUUUUCUAAUAUAUUAAGUAAGCUACUAGACCAAAAGAAUUCCAGUAUAUACUUUCCUUGUCAAAAUAGUUUCAUUUUAGAAUUAAGAUAAGGUAAUCGGCAAGCGUGCUGAUAGGGGCUGCACUUUUUUAAUCCCUUAAAUGAGAAUGGAUUGUUGUUUUGUUUUCUGUUAUGCUCAAAUACUCAUCGAGAGUAUGUUGACAUGCGUGCCAUAUAGAUUAUCUCAAUAAAGAAUUUACCAAACUGCGAA